CAAGUAUGCUCUCUUUUCAAAGGCCAUAUGGUUCAGUCUUGUGACCAAAUAAUUGCCAGCUACCUAAUCACAUACCAGGAAACAAAGGUAGCUAAAGUCAAUAUUAGCUGCUGUAUCUGCCGACAGAUCUGCACCAGGCUUGAUGGAAAAAACUCAAAAGGAGGAGGACAGAAGCUUGGAUGGUUUUUGAUCUUUGAAAUUCAUGUUUAAGGCUUCUCCUGGGGAUAUAUAUAUUGCAAGAUAUUAAAUGCAAUUAUCUCCCUCAAUUGUAAUUUUACAGUUUAUUUGGAGGUGCUACUUUUUUUCUAAAAAAAGAAAAAAAAAUACCCAGCAGAUUGCUACAGAAGACCUACCUGUGUAGUUUUUGUUUUGUUUUUAUUCUCCCCCCACAAACAGAGUGGGGGGGGGGAAUGAUUGUCUGGAUGUUGAACCAUAGUGAAGAAACUCACUUGAAGCUGUAUCUCUUCAACCUGUGUUCAGUAUUUUAAAGAAGCUUUGAGAGAGCACAGCUCAGCUAAGAAAAUGUGCGGAGGCACUUCAAAAACAGCGAACAGCACAGGAGGGCAAACAGACAGAGCAAGGAGUGGUAAUGAUGCUGCUAGCUCACUUGGAAAUAACUUACCUAACACAGGAUUGGAUAAAAAGACCAAAAGAUCUUUGGCAGAACAUAGCACCAGUCACAGGAGCACUGUCACUAAAUUGCUACAGACCAGCUGGUCCUGUUCAGAGUUUGACUUGAAUGAAAUCCGCCUGAUAGUUUACCAGGAUUGUGAGAGAAGAGGCAGGCAGGUCUUAUUCGAUUCCAAAGCGGUCCGCAAAGUUGGUGAAGUGGCAGCUCAGAGAAUAUCAGAGGAUGCUCCUGUAAAGGCUUCUGCCAAGAGUUACCAAGCAAGCAAUGGCACCAACACUAUUUCUUCCUGUAGUCCCUCAGUGAGCUGUAUGCCUCAACAUGUCAAGGAACAACUUCCAAAGUACCAGUAUACCAGACCAGCUUCUGAUGUCAACAUGUUGGGAGAAAUGAUGUUUGGUUCAGUGGCAAUGAGUUAUAAGGGCUCUACCUUGAAAAUCCACUACAUACGCUCUCCUCCACAGCUGAUGAUAAGUAAAGUGUUCUCAGCCCGAGUGGGAAGCUUCAGUGGCAGCACAAACAACUUACAAGAUAGUUUUGAAUACAUCAACCAAGAUCCCAGUCUGGGAAAGAUGAACUCUAAUCAAAAUGGCUUGGGCACUUGUCGUAGUGGAAGUAAUCUAGGUGUGUUACAGCUGUGUAGCAGCAAACUGCUGCAAGGUGUAUCUGAAGGAGGCCCCCUCCGGCUCAUCCGGAGUGCUUCUUUCUUUGCAGCGCACAGCACACCAGUUGAUAUGCCUAGCAGAGGGCAAAAUGAGGACAGAGACAGUGGCAUUGCUCGGUCAGCAUCACUGAGCAGUCUCUUGAUUACGCCGUUCCCAUCUCCAAGCUCUUCAUCCUCCUCUUCAAGCAGUUACCAGCGCCGCUGGCUCCGAAGUCAAACAACAAGUUUAGAGAAUGGAAUUAUCCCAAGGUGGUCUACUGAAGAGAUGUUCAGCAUGGCCGAUGAAAGCUGCCACUCCAACCCUGCAAUGAUCCGGAGAAAGAAGAUUGCUAUUAGCAUAAUUUUUGCUUUGCCUGAAAGAGAAGAAGCACAGAGGAACUUCCAGGAUUUCUUUUUCUCUCACUUUCCUCUCUUUGAAUCUCAUAUGAAUAAGCUAAAGUGUGCAAUUGAAAAGGCAAUGAUCUCCUGUAGGAAGAUAGCAGAAUCCAGCCAAAGAGUGCAAGUUUAUAUCAGCCGCGUCAUGGAUGCCCUGGGAGAAUUCAGAAUUACAAUCUGGAACCUGUAUUCGGUUCCAAGAAUCGCAGAACCUGUGUGGCUUACCAUGAUGUCCAGCACACUGGAAAAGAACCAGUUAUGUCAGCGAUUUCUUAAGGAAUUUACGCUUCUGAUAGAACACAUCAAUAAGAACCAGUUCUUUGCUGCUUUGUUAACUGCGGUGCUGACUUAUCAUCUGGCAUGGGUCCCGACUGUAAUGCCAGUGGAUCAUCCUCCCAUAAAGGCCUUUUCUGAGAAACGCACAUCACAGUCUGUGAACAUGCUGGCAAAAUCACAUCCUUAUAACCCUCUCUGGGCUCAGCUUGGUGAUCUGUAUGGUGCCAUAGGCUCUCCAGUUAGGCUGACACGAACUGUGAUAGUUGGAAAACGUAAAGAAUUGGUUCAGCGCUUACUUUUUGUGCUCACAUACUUCAUACGCUGCUCUGAGCUACAGGAAAAUCAACUGACCUGGAGUGGGAAGGUUGGAGAGGGGGAGCAAAUGCUGAAUGGAAGUAAUAUAACAACUGCAUUGGAAAAGGGAGAGGUGGAGGAAACUGACUAUGUGGUUGUCACUGUUAGAAAUGAACCUGCUCUUGUGCCUCCAAUCCUACCUCAAGAGAAUGGUGGAAAUAAAAACAGUAUCUCUAUAGGGUGUGUAAGUAACCCAGAAAACUCCUGUGCUGUGCCACCAUCUUCAAAAGAAAAGAAUGAAGAAGUAAUAGGAAAGGCAGAUGCAAGCACUGAGGAGCCCUGUAUUGCAUCCAAAGACAGCUCAACUGGCAGUUAUGUGUCUCAUAAAGGAACAGUGGAUGAUAACAGGAAAGAGAUGGCAACUGCUACAGGAGCUAUAUCCUACCAUUUUGAAGAACCAGCUGAAUCGGAAGUUUUAAUAAAUGAAUUAAAGAGCCCCAGCCAGAUUCUUUGUGAAGUAGAACAAAAGCUGUCUGGUAGGUCAUCAGCUGUACCCUGUCCUGAGAGGCUUGUUCACAGGAGUCCUCAUUUAGAAAGGGUCACUUUUCAGAUCGGUAGUUUUACAUCACCUGAGUCAGAUAUAGAAACCUGCCAGCAGGAAGUGGAUGAAAAUCUUGAGACAUUCAGACAAAAAUCAGAGCUAAUAAGCUGUACUUCAGAUGCAUCAAAUGCCUUGGCAGAAAAUGCAGAGAAUCGACCUGAAUCUUCAAAGGCCCCCUUUCAGCCAUGUAUUAGACGUAAUGUUUGUUAUGCACAGAUUCCAUCAUAUAAAGGGAGUGAGAAUGUGUUUAAUAACCUCUUGGCUGAGGGUAAUAGAGUUGAAAUGCGUGUAGCAAAUACUUCCGCUCUUCCUGGACUCUCAGGUGAAGUAGUUGUACCCAGUGAUAACAAAAAGAAAACCAUGAAAACAAAAGGCUUGGAAGAAGGUAGAACUCUGAACUCCAAGAAUCUGGAGGGCCAUUCCCCUGACACUAUUCAAACAAGUUCUGCUGUCAUACAGGACUGCAGUCAAGUAGUUCAUAAAGAUAUCUCCUAUGGGGAUGGUGGAAAGAAAAUCUCCACUAGAAUCGAAGGAGACAUUCCUAGGAAUGAAAGUUCAGAUAGUGCACUUGGAGACAGCGAUGAUGAAGGCACUUCACAUGUCCCUGAUCGUGAUCAGCACCCUCAAGGUCAGGUCAACAAGAGGCAUAAAGAAUUUGCAGAAGUAGAUCUUCCUUUACCAAGGUCUAACACACUCAGCAGUCAGAGUGUGAAAAACUUUGGAAGGUCACUUCUCGGUGGUUACUGUCCCACCUACAUGCCUGAUCUAGUACUGCAUGGAAUAAGUAGUGAUGAAAAGCUGAGGCAGUGUCUACCAGCAGAUUUGCUUCAUGCAGUACAUCAUCCAGUACUUGAUGAGCCCAUAGCAGAAGCUGUCUGCAUCAUUGCAGAUACAGAUAAGUGGAACGUACAAGUGGCAACAAGCCAGAGAAAGAUGAUGGACAGUAUGAAGCUAGGCCAGGAUGUUUUGGUUUCCAAUCAAGUGUCCAGUUUACUACAAUCCAUUUUACAGCUUUACAGACUCAACCUCCCAGCUGACUUUUGCAUAAUGCAUCUGGAGGAUAGACUACAGGAGAUGUAUCUCAAAAGCAAAAUGCUUUCAGAAUAUCUGCGAGGACAUACAAGAGUUCAUGUGAAAGAGCUAGGAAUUAUAUUGGGGAUUGAAUCCAAUGACCUGCCUUUGUUGGCUGCUAUAGCAAGCACUCACUCUCCUUAUGUUGCUCAAAUACUCUUAUAAGUUAAAAUCUCAGGGUAGUCAUUCCCUAAGCAAAAUACAGAAAUGUUGAAAGAAGGACAGAGAUGCCAGCGCUGGUAAAGAGGAACAGUGACAAAAGCUGGUAACGACUGCAUUCCACCACCAUCUGAUGCUGGACAUUUUUAUCACAGAACUUCAGUUUACAUGAUGUAAAAGGCAUUCAGGUUUGUUUUAAAAUCACCUCUGACUUAACAAGUCAGGAAGGUGAAUGUAUCCUUUCAUUUAAAAAAAAAAAAAAAAAGACUAAAGCAAACACUUCUGCAAACUGAACCGUCAGCAGAAAUGCUGCUCCAAGACGUGAAGUAGCAUUAAAAAGAACAAGUGGGAUAGGAUGGCUCUUGUGAUGCUGCACUUGUGAUAGUGUGGUGUUUCUGUGUGCUGCUUUGACUGGCGGUGGGAGGGAAGAAAGCAGUUGUAAACUAUGUAUAUAGCAUUCCUAUACACAAGCGUGCUGGAUGGGACAUGAAGUUUUGCAGAAUGUGAGCAUGAUUUUAUAUUGUAGAAGUGGCCGGUGCAAAACAAGAAUGUGGACUCAGCAUCUGAGUUGUGUGUGGGGUGUCUGUCUGUGGGUGAAGUUUUUUCUUGUCAUCUUUUUAAAAAGACAAGAGGCUAAGAAAGCUGCAACUGCUUCUAGUUUUACUGAUGAGGAUUUCAAAUAAGCUCAUAUAAUAAAUACUAAUGUCUCAGUUUGGGAUGAAAGCCUUUGGCGAGGGUGUUUUGGGAAGCCUUAUGGAAUUUCUUCUACAAGUUUACAUUUGUUGCAAAUGCAAUACCCAUCUUUUUUUGGGUUUCUGUAUGACCAUAAAUCUGGGAAUCAAUCCCAGAUAAUAACUUCAUCAAAUGUUACUGUUGCUGAGAUGUUUGCAUUUGACAUGAUAAUGUACAACAUGAUACCAGAUAUAUUUUUGGUGCGUCGAUGAGCAUGUAUAUCCACGUGAGGCAGGCUUAUUCCAAAAAAAAAAAAAAUCUUUUUAGUCCAUUAAACUGUUUUGGCCUUCCAGCUAUUAGAUGGAGAUUGCCCUUUAUUCUCACUUAGAAGGGGCAGUUUAAGUUUAAAUGAAUUGUACAAGGAUAAACCCCAGACAUGGUGAUUUGUCACCCGUGUGAGCAUUCUACAGAACUUUUUUGCACUAUCAUCCUGGUGCCUUUUGAUCUCUUCUGGACUGACCACCUUGAGACAAGAAACUUGCCCUUAAGGUCGAGUAGUUCAUAAAAUCCAUUUUUUUAUUGUUUCAUAAGAAGAAAACUGGACACGGACAUAGAUACCUUUUUAUAUACAGUCUAUAAACCAGUGGUUUUCAGCCUUUUUAGACUGAAGGCAUACCUCCAUAAAUCUCUUGUGAAUUGAGCAGCCCCCCAUUUCAAAAACUAAUUUAUAUAGUGAAUUACUCUUCUUCUUCCUCUUCUUUUGCAUCAAGCACUGUGAAGCAGUGCAUGACAUUAUUUGGAGACCAAGGAAAUGAUGGAGGGGAAUAACACUUUUUAAGAAGAAAAGCAAACACCCAAGUAGCGUUAGAGUGCAAGUGCUCUAGGACGCUAUGGGCAUUGCACAGGAAGUGUUUAGAUCUGUGACCGCCACUCCCUUAUUUUUGAUUCAUUAACUCUCAUUGAUUCCAGAAUUUCCAGUGUUAGGAAAGAAAUACAGGAGACAAGUUUGGCUUUGUGCUGCCUUGGUGUUUACAUGUUUAUGAUUGAGUAUCUUCAAUCAUUAAAAGGAGGCAAAUGUUGCUAUUAUGGGGGUUUUUCAUUUUGCUUUCAGAUGUGACUGAAAUGCCAUCAAACCUGUUACAGAGUUCCCUUCCUCAAGGGAAGGAACCACCACCAUGAGAAGCUUCUCUACAAAAGCUUCUCUACAAAAGGCUUGUUUCCAAGCUGGAAGACUUCCUCUUCAUUUGCAGAUAUGAUUCUUAAAAAGUUAACAUGGUUUCUUAAGUUUGGGUUCUCUAACCUAACAUUCCAGGUGCCUCCUUUCUUAGUGUUGUGUUUUAAUAUGUCUAGCCAGUGUCUUGUUUUUUAAAGAGGCUACAAUAUUCCUGAGGUGGAGUUAUCUCCUACUGCUGGUACAUGAGGAAAUCUGCUUCCUCUGCUUGGUUCCUGAGCUGCUCACCCUUAACUUUGUCCUUUGCUUAAAACCAAACAUGGACGCUGCAACCAGUUGCUUGCAGGCACCAGGCCAACUUUCGUUGACAGUAAGUAGAUCCACAUAGUGAAUGCAGCUAUUCACAAAUUUCCCCCUAUGCUGAAGAUGUAUAUGGGAAACGCCUUCCUUUAUGAGCUGGGAUCCUGGUUUUCUCUGAUUU